ACUGCGUAUGAUUCUUCAAAAAAAAAAGAAGACUUUCAUAUUUUAGGUUAUAAAUUUAAUUAUUUAUGUGUAAUAAUUUUUGUCAGAUUAGUAUAAUAUAUUAAAUUGGAUAUGUGGUCAUUUUUUUCUCGCGAUCCUUCCAAAGACUUCAAUUUUGAAAUUGGAGAAUUGGUGCCAAGUUUAGAAGACAAAAGUGUGUGGAAUCUACAUAAAGGAAAGAAAAAAGGGUCGAAUGAAGAAGUUUCUGUUUUUGUAUUUGAUUUAAAAAGUAAUCCAGAGUCACAAUUAGAUGUUGUUAAAGCAGCUGUCAAAAGAUUGAAAACUUUAAGACACCCUAGUAUACUUACUUAUAUAGAUAGUUUGGAAUCAGAAAAAGUUUUAUAUUUAGCCACUGAACAUGUAGAUCCAUUGAAGGAACAUCUCGAGAAGUUAUCUUUAGAUGCGCCGCAGAGAGAUCUAUACAUAGCAUGGGGUAUUUUUCAAAUAACUAGGGCAUUGUCAUUUUUAAAUAAUGAUGGUAACUUGAGACAUAAUAAUGUUAAUAUUUGGUCAGUAUAUGUCAAUUCAUCCGGAGAAUGGAAAUUGGGGGGCGUUGAAUAUGUCUCAAGUACACAGGACUCUACACUACAAUUUAAAUUAAUAUCUAGUCUUGAUGUUUACAGUCCACCUGAAAAAAAUGAUCCAUCAAAACAAAGGAAUAUGACAAAAUGUUCUAGUGAUAUGUGGGGCUUGGGCUGUUUAAUAUGGGAGGUAUUUAAUGGACCUCUAAAUGUGCAGUCGUCUUUAAGAAAUCCUGAUAAAAUACCUAAACAGUUAGGAUCCUUAUAUUUUGAACUAUUAAACACAAACCCCGUAGCUAGGCCUAAUCCUGCUGAUGUUAUAACAAGGUGUAGAAAAUUAGGUGGCUAUUUUAAAAAUGAUCUUGUGGAUACUCUACUCUUUCUCGAGGAAAUACAAAUCAAAGAUAAAACAGAGAAAAACCGAUUCUUUUCCAACUUAACACCACAUUUAGAUAAUUUUCCAGACAAUGUCUGUAAACAUAAGAUAUUACCACAGCUUAUAACAGCCUUUGAAUACGGAGAUGCGGGAUCUGCUGUAUUAGCACCUAUGUUUAAGCUUGGUAGAUUGCUUGAUGAAGCAGAAUAUCAAAAGAAAAUUGUGCCAUGUGUAGUAAAAUUAUUUGUAAGUAAUGAUAGAGCUACAAGAUCUAGAUUAUUACAACAAUUAGAACAUUUUAUUGGGCAUUUACAAUCCAGUACAGUCAACGAUCAAAUAUUUCCUCAAGUCGCUCACGGAUUUAUGGACACAAAUCCUACAAUUAGAGAACAGACUGUUAAAUCUGUGAUACACCUAGCACCUAAGUUAAAUUACAAUAAUCUAAAUGUUGAAGUGUUGAGGCACUUUUCUAGAUUACAAGCGAAAGAUGAUCAAGGCGGUAUAAGAACUAAUACAACGGUAUGUCUAGGUAAAAUAGCUCCUCAUCUCCACCCGCAAAUAAGACAGAAGGUUUUAAUAUCUGCAUUUAUUAGAGCUAUGAGGGAUCCUUUUCCUCCAGCAAGAAACGCAGGCGUUUUGGCAUUAGCAGCUACUCAACAAUACUAUUUGUUGUCUGAGGUAGCAUCCCGUAUAUUACCAGCACUUUGCUAUUUAACAAUGGAUCCAGAAAAAAUAGUAAGAGAUUCAGUAUUCAGAACUAUUAAAGGUUUUCUAGGCAAAUUAGAAAAAGUUUCAGAAGAUCCAAGUUUAAGGGAGAGUAUGGAAGCAGAUGUUAAUACUGCAACUCCGAGCUUAAGUAAUGCAGCUGCAACAUGGGCCGGUUGGGCAGUAACUGCCGUAACUGCUAAAUUCUAUAGAAGCCAAUCUGAUACGGUUAGGUCUUUGAAUCCCAUGGGCAAUAAGAUGCUUAGUAAACCUGGAUCAUUGGAACAACCUUCCAGUAGUAGUAUUUCUACGACAACAUCAAGUGUUACUUCUAUGACCUCUCUCGAGCACGAGGACGCUAGCAGAGGUAACGAUUCUGUUUCAGACUAUGAUUAUAACAAUUGGGAUGAUAAUGACAAUUGGGGAGACAUAGAGACUGGAGGUCAAAUGGUAAGUAGCAGUGGGAGUGGAUGUGCAGGAAGUAGUGAUCCAACAAGUCCUCCAUCUGGAUCUGGGCCGACUAAUAAAGCGGCGGAUGGAUGGGAAAAUGAAGAAUGGGGUAGCUUGGAUGAGGAACCAGAGCAAGAAGUCGAAGCUACUUCACCUUUAGAGACGUGGAGUUCUAGUGAUAAAGCUCCAAUUUUACCGGAUAACAAAUCUUGGUCACCCAAUGCUAUUGACCAUAGGCAUUCACAACCUUCUCAUAAUUGGGAAGAUCAUGAAUUUGAACCUUUAGAAGAAAAUCCGGGUGCAAAUAAUUCCAAAUUAGAAGAAGCAAGGAAAAAAAGGGAAGAAAAAAGAUUGAUGAGACAAAAAGAAUUAGAGGCCAGAAGGGCGACGAGACAGACUACAGGACCUAUGAAGUUGGGGGCGAAGAAAAUAUAAUUUAUGAAAUAUUUUAUGAAUUUUAAAAAGUAUCACGUUUAAAUUGAAAUUAUUGUUUUGGAAUUACCACUCCAAAGCUUCCUGAGAAAAUAAUGAAUUAAAAGUAAACCCCUCAUCUGUGAAGAUGAAAGUGAUACUUUACCGAUACGUACGUAAUAAACAUUUGACAUUAACAAUGUCUUACCUUAUUUUUAUAAAUUUUUCAAUUGUAUAGUUACCAAAAACGGGGAGAUUGUGUAUAUGUGUCUUUUAUGUUAACAAGAAAUCAAAUAAUUAUUCAUAAAUAUUUAUUACUGAAAAAGAUUUGUCGAUUUUUAAUAGUUGGUGAACAAAUAAAAGUGAAAUUUGUUAUUUUAAUAAUAUUAUUAAAUUAAAUUAAAAUUCCCAUUCAAUAAUAUUAUUAAUCAUUAAACAAGGAUUUUUUUCCAAGAUAAUUGUUUUAAAUGGUUUCAAAGCUCUCUUGUACAAAUAGCAUACGUUUUAAUUGUUUAUAGGUCUGCAGACCGUUUUGUUUAUUCACCAAACUUUAAUUCAAUUCAUAUGUGUCAUUUCACUAAGUAUAAAAAAACCAAAACGUUUUGGCCUGGUAUUAAAUGUAGCUAAAUAUUUAUAAACAAAUAUCUAUUUCAGGAUAACGAUAUUCCUACGUAAUUUUUCUUAAUGUUCUAAGGUUAGGCAGUUGGUAAAUUACAUUUUUAUUGUCUAGCUUACGCAAGGAUUAAUUUUAUAAAAACAAUUUUAAACUUUUAACAAAAUCGAAAUUAUACAUUGAUAUUUUUGUAUAUAGUUAUAUUUUGUUGGUUAUAUUCAAUCUACAUAUUUAUAUUAUUCCAGUUCUAUUAAAUUACAUUUUCGCAUA